AUGCGGUUGAUCGCUCAUCUGCUGCCCCUGUUAAUGACCAGUGUCCUACCUUCACACGCCAAAGAUGAGACCACAACCCUCACCUCAGCAGGCGAUGGAGCACUCGUUUUGACCGGGUCAGUCACCACCUCCAUCAGCGAAGCGACUCUCCCGACAGGUGACUACCUCCAUUACACCACGACCAUCACGCUCUCCAAUGAACACACCACCGGAACCACCACCAAGUCCGGGGUCAGCACCAUCACCGGUGCCAGCUCCUCUGGCAAUGCAACGUCCACCACGACGAGCUCACGCUCGAGCACUAGCUCGAAUUCUGUUACACUGUUGGUGGGUGGUGGCCAGCAUACCAUGAAUGGUACCGCCAAUGCGACAGCGACCUCCACCACCUCCGCAACUUCGACUCCAGUCGUCAACACUCAGCCUUGCAAUGGGUACUCGGACUUUUGCUCGCGCAAGUACUCCAAUAUCACGAUGGUCGCCGCCCACAACAGCCCAUUUGUCAAGGCGGGCAAUGCUGCAGCCAACCAGGCUUACAAGGUCACCGAUCAGCUGAACGAUGGCAUUCGCAUGCUGCAAUUCCAGACCCACCUGAUCAAUGGUACCAUGUAUCUCUGCCACACGAGCUGCGAGUUGCUCAACGUGGGCACGCUGGAGGACUACCUGACCACCGUGACCACGUGGAUCAAGACGCAUCCCUACGACGUGGUCACAAUCCUGAUUGGCAACUACGACUACGUGGACCCCGGCAACUUCUCGGCCCCCGUGCAGAAUUCGGGUCUGAUGGACUAUGUCUGGACGCCACCAAAGAUUCCCAUGGCGCUGGACGACUGGCCGACGCUGUCCAGCAUGAUUCUGUCCGGCAAGCGUGCGGUCGUCUUCAUGGACUACCAGGCCAACCAGACGGCCUAUCCUUGGCUCAUGGACGAGUUCUCGCAGAUGUGGGAGACCCCGUUCUCGCCGACGGAUGCCGCGUUUCCCUGCACGGAGCAGCGCCCGCCUGAUUUGUCGACCAAGGAUGCGAAGAACCGGAUGUAUAUGGCCAACCAUAAUCUGAACCUGGAUUUGAGCAUCGGCAGUAUCAGUCUGCUGAUUCCCAACACGGCCAUGCUGAAUGAGACCAACGCGGUGUCAGGGUACGCUAGUCUCGGGCGAAUGGCGGAGAACUGCACUGAAACUUGGGGUCGCCCGCCGAAUUUCUUGUUGGUCGAUUACUAUAACUACGGCAAUUUCAACGGGUCUGUGUUUGCUGUGGCAGCAGAGAUGAACAACGUCACAUACCAAAAUGGGACGUGUUGUGGAUCAACAUCAGCAGCACCGAGACUCGUACCGGGACCCAGCAUGUUUGGGUUGUUGUUAAUGGUGAUGGGUGUUUCGCUGGGUGGAUGGGUGUUUUAG